AUGCAAAAUAUAAAUUCGCGAAGACUUUUUCAAAACUCUUUCGAUCUAAGACAAUGGACUCGAAAAAUGGCAAUUUUGGCGAAAGCGUUGAAAUUUUGUAAGUACGGUGAAGCUGCUGAUGUUCUUGAAUUGGUGCAGGAACAGCUACCACCGCCAGAAAAGAACCAAGUUCUUGUAAAAAUUUUAGCGGCUCCCAUAAAUCCAUCGGACAUUAACACUAUACAAGGUAAAUAUCCAGUAAAGCCCAAAUUUCCAGCCAUUGCCGGCAACGAGUGCGUGGCAGAAAUUCAAGAAGUGGGUUCAUGUGUUAAAAAUCUUAAAAUAGGACAAUGUGUCGUACCAUUUGUAGCGGGCUUAGGAACUUGGUCAACACAUGCUGUAUAUGACGAAGAUCAGUUAUUGCCAAUUUCUGAUAAAAUUGGAUUAGCCGAGGCUGCAACGCUUACAGUAAAUCCUUGUACAGCCUAUCGAAUGUUAAAAGAUUUCGUAGAAGUUUUACCUGGACACUGCGUUAUACAGAAUGGAGCUAAUAGUGCUGUAGGUCAGGCAGUGCAUCAAUUGUGCAAAGCAUGGGGAAUAAAUUCGGUUGGGGUUGUACGUGAUCGUCCCGACAUUCAGGACCUGAAAAAUUAUCUUAAAAAAUUAGGUGCUACGGAAGUCUUAACCCAAGAAGAAGUUCGUACCAGUAAAAUUUUUAAAGAAAAUCAAGUUCCGAAGCCUAUGCUGGCUCUUAAUUGUGUCGGAGGAAAAAGUGCUACCGAAAUUAGUCGCCAUUUAGAUGACAAGGGUGUUAUGGUCACAUAUGGCGGUAUGGCAAGAGAGCCAAUUGCGGUUGCUACUGCCGCUUUAAUAUUUAAGGACAUUUCACAUCGCGGUUUCUGGAUAACACGUUGGACCAACGAGAAUUGCACUGCCCCUGAAAGAUUCGAAAUGUUUGAAAAUUUGUUGAAACUGAUAGAGCAAAAGCAAUUUAUAGCUCCCGUGCAUGAAAUGGUGCCAUUAGAGAAAUAUAAAGAGGCUACGAAGGCAUCAUUAGAUCUUAAAGGAUUCGCUGGGAAAAAAUACAUAUUCAAAAUGCAGUAG